UAUAAAACAAUGUUUUCAUGAUAUUUUAAGGGGUCAUACACAAAUUAAAAUUUUGAACAUAUUUUCGGGGUUAUAUACAAAUUGAGGUUUUAACCCAUAUUGAAAGGUAUUAUUAAAAUAUGUCCACCACAAUUGAAACGGACGUCAACGAAUCUUCAGAUUCAGAAGACGGUUAUGAUCCAGCAAAUGACCUCACAGCGAUAAAUCCAGAUACCAUAAACCCCAAAAGGGAUUUUAUUGUUGAAGCCAUGACGGCCCAGACACAGAUGAGCUCAGUGGGGGCGAGUAAAAAAUCCAAACUCUCGGUUAAUGAUAGAGAAAGGAUACUGAGUAUCGCCGCAAACUUUAUAAGCAUUAUCAAUACACAAAACGCAAUAUUGAACCAGUUAAGGGGAAGACUUUAUGAAAAAACUGAACAAGUGAAGAUGACAAAACCUAGUUAUGCCUCAAUAUUAAUGAAGGAUAGGGAGGUACAGAGGGAGAGAGGCGAUGGACCAAGAGAGAGAGACACAGAAACGAAGGAACACGAAUUGUUGAUGUACCCUAAAGAUGAAAACGGAGCAUCGGACGACACCAGGAGUCAAGUUACCAAUUCUAUAGAUCCAAUCAAAUUGAAAUUAGGAGUGAGAGGAAUAAAUAGGAUAAGAAAAGGGGGAAUAGUGGUUCAAUUAACAAAUGAAGAAGAGAUACAGAAACUUAAACUUGAGAUUGAAAAAAGUAAUAUAGGAGACAAAUUUGCCUGUGCAAGGCCAAGGACUUUGAAUCCCAAAAUAUGGCUUUACGACGUACCGGAAGAUGUGAAUAAAGAGAAUUUGAUUGAUAAGAUUAGAGACCAAAAUCCGCCAUUGAAAAACUCGGUAAUGAAAAUGUGCUUUCCUCUGAGGGCUAAAGAAGGAAGUCACUGGGUGAUUGAGGUAGAUCCAGAUACAUUUCACAAGAUCAUAUAUUUAGAAAAAAUAAACAUAGGUUGGAAUAGGAUUAGAACAAAAGAAUUUCUUAGGGUCACUCAGUGCUUCAAGUGUUACCGAUUCGGACAUGUUGCAAGAUAUUGCAAGGAUAAGAGUGUCUGUGCGAACUGUACGGAACACGACCACACGAUGGAGAAUUGCAAGAACAAAUCGAUAUGUAUAAACUGCAAGACAACAAGAGAGGAUCAUAAUCUGAAGUUGAAUAUCAAUCAUGAUGCUACCAAUAGAAAUUGUGAAACGUAUAAAUGGGAAAUGGAGAGAUUAGUUAAGAAAAUUUACUAUGGAUAA